CUUCACAAUAUGUUACAUGUACCUUUUAUUGUUUGUCUGUGGAACUUGUCAACCCCAUCGUUUUCCUCUAACUGAUCGCUGCAGACCAGUUUCCCGCGCCUUAUGACGCGUCUGUCUUAGCUUGGAAAUGAGGCUAGAUGCAGAAAACUUUCAACAUGGCAGGAGUCAUGGCGGACCUUGUAUGGAGUUGCAUAAUUGCCAUUUUAAGGCUAAACUGUGAUCUAUAAGAAGCGUACACAACUGUUACAGAUGAUGAACUGAUAUGAUGGAUGAAACGCCUGACGACUACACCAGGGAGUUUUACGCAGAGGGAAGAACUCGAGAUACAUGUUAGUACUGGCUAUACUAUAUUUAUUUUAUUUAUUUAUUACAAUCUAUGGUCAAAAAGGCCAAAGGAUAAUCUGCAAAGGAGUCCGAAACCCUAUAUAAAAACAGAUCACCUAUGAACUGAAAUAAAUACAUUAAGGAUAAUAAAUGCAAGAAAUGCAUCUAUGAAAAGGAAAAAUACUUAAGAAUCACUAAUAAAUUUCUUAACUCGACUUACAACUUUUAAAUUAUCAAAAUAAAAACAGAUCACCCAUGGCUUAAAUAAAUACACUGAAGACAAUAAAUUCAAGAAAUGCAUUUAUGAAAAGGAAAAGUACGUAAGAAUCACUAAUACAUUUCUUAACUCUAGACUUAAAAAUAUUUACAUCAUCAGAAUAACGAAUAUCGAAAGGUAAUUGAUUCCACAUGUCAAUUAUUCGAUGGAAGAAACUAUACUGGUAAAGUUUCCGCACAGCCCCAUACUAUUGUAAAACAAAUCUGUUUUCCCAAUGGAAAUGUGUUGUUUUUGUCAUUGUUUUCUCUAUUCAAGAACUUAAUGUAGUAUGGGGCUGUGCGGAAAUUUUACCACUAUACUUCAAGACAUUAGUUCUAUAUUUUAGCCGUUGAAUCUUCGAUAAUAUGACAUAAGAAUUCAAGUCCAUCAAUAGAAAUUUAUGAGGAAUUGAACAAAUUGGAACGAAAAAAGUUGUUGUCAGAAUGUAACUUCUAAGUAAACGGCGGCUUGAAUGUGACAUGGAUAAAACCCGUCUCGUUUUCCUUUAGCGACUCUUUUAGCGUCUUUCUACGGACUCGUUUUUCGAUUUUUAUCGUGGUAUCAAGUUUCCUCUCAUGUGCUAGCGUGUGGUAGGAGAUGGCAGACUCUCAACUGGAACUUUUUACAGAUGGUAAACAAGUGAGCAACGAUUACGAACUUAAAAAAUAGUAAAAAUUUGUUUUCAUAUCCCACGUGGUUCGCCAAAUAAUAGCAGACUUUAUCAGGGAGUUGUUACAAGUGGGUUGAUAAGCUUUGAAUUGAUGAAUGAAUGAAUUGUAAAUAAAAUUUCUAUUUAUGAUUUAGUUCUAAAUCUGACCCCAUGCAUAUCAUGUACUCGUACAUGUAACGUCUUAAAUUGUCAUGCAUGUACUGCUUCCUGUUUGUGGUUAAGUUUCUUUUUGCUAUUUUAUUUGUUCAAUAGCAAGCCUUCUUGAGCCAGAAUCAUCAGAACAUAUGAGCAAUGGCUUGGUGGAGCAACUUCAGCUUGUUCAACCUCAGAUCGUUGAAAGGUGAGUAAAUCUUGCUUUUUUAACAACCAUUUGUAGAAUUGUUGAGUGAUUAUAACUUGAAACACCCUUCCUUGUAAAAUUGUGCUACCAAUGAUAAAUGGAGUGAAAAAAACUCUCUCCCCUCUCCCCUUUUCAGAAUCACUGGUUGGAGUUAACCAUUCACAGAAGGCAAAGGGAAUAUUGUUCAGUAAUGCUUAAGAAAAAGUGAAGGGGAUUAUUCAACAAUACUCACUGAGCCUGAAGUAAAUAAUUAUUUUAGUAAUUAGUUGCUUAGGUGCUUUCAAAUUCUGCUGUGAAUGUUGGUUUUGAAACCAUUCUGUUUCAAUUGUUUUAACUACCAAUACCAAUACAAAGAGCAAGUUUGCACUAGAAUUUGAUGACUGACAAAAUGCAAGGUAACCAUUUUUAAAUGUAUCACUCUUGCCAUAACCACCUUGUGCAAGGUAAUUAUGGUGAGAUAUGAUGCACUCCUCGACCAAUCAGAACAACUGAAUCUUGAAUCUUUAGAGCAAUUAUACAAAGGUUCUUUUAUCCCAGCAGUAAUGUAAAGGGGUAAGAGGUGAGUGAGUUUAAAUGGUCUAUUAAAGUAGGCUGUCUUAACUAUUUUCUACUGGUUGUGGUGUGAAAAAACAAGAGAAAAGCAUUAAAAUUCAUGUAAAUUUGCUCCUCAAAUAUUGCACAGCAUUAAAGUCAAGGAAAGUGUAUUUGAUCACAGUCACUUUGCUUUCAAAGGAUUCACUGUUUUCACACCAUAUCACAAUUUGAUGUAUGUGUUUGUAUUAUUCAUAGCUCCUGUUGUCCACAAAAGCCAUUGUUAUACCUUACAAUGGCUGCAUGUAUGGCUGGACUGGGUGGAGUUCUGUUUGGUUAUGAUAUAGGUAUGUGAAGUUGAAACUCAGGAAUUAUGUGCAACAUUUUUGAAGGGGAUGUUUGUGUGAAAACUUUGUAAUUAUACGUGUAAAUAAGAAGGAUUGCCUGCUUUAGGUUGAUUAGUCCUGAAAGGAAUGUUGCUGGGAGACUUACUGACAAUUUGGCAAUCUAAUUGGGAGUUAUCAUCAGAGUCAAAAAUCUAGGCACUGAUGCUGUUGAUGACUGCAACAACUGACAACAUUCAUCUCACUUUCUACCAUGACAAUCACAAGAAGUUUUUCUUGGUGCAAAUCACAUCUUCAGGGACAAUACCACAAGGAUAGCUUGAGACCUGCGCUUUUCUGUACCUGCAUGUUGACAAGUUACUCUGACACUGCAGCAAACUAUAGUGGUCUUUCCCUUGUGUUGAACUGGUAGGCAGAAGAGUUGAGAUUAGUAAUAGUAAUAGUUAUUACAUUUUUCUCAGGUGUGGUGUCUGGAGCAAUUCUUCAACUGAGAGCUGAGUUCCAUUUAGAUUGCACUCAACAAGAGAUGGUGGUGAGUUCCAUGCUGAUGGGAGCAGUUCUGGCAUCACUGAUAGGAGGUAACAUUAAUUAUUAUGAAGUAUGAAUGAAAGAUAGAGCACUUCUCAGCUGGGAGUUGUGAAGCCAAAGCAAAAGGAAUCACCCAAUGAACUUGUAAUUGCUGUUCAAAAUGCUCUUAACUGUUGUUGAGAUAACAUCAACCAGUAUGUCCUAUUAUCUGUAGUUGAUAACAUAUACAUUUUUCAGUACUGAUGGUAACUCUUUUAUGCAGGAUUAAUAGUGGAUUUUAUUGGAAGACGUCUGGCUAUUGUCAUUAAUUCUGCAGUGUUUCUUAUUGGAGCAGUCAUUUUGGCAUUUGCACCCUCAUUUGCAAUUCUGGUGGGUAGCAUAUCCCAUAUAAUGUUCCUUUUAUAUUCUUAUUCCACUCAAGUAAAUUGCUUUGUACUAAAUGUUUGCCACUAAUGAAAAAUGACUCACGAUUCUAGAUUAUUGGUCGUUUUAUUGUUGGGUUUGGAGUGUCCUUGUCUGCCAUUGCUGAGUGCAUCUACAUCUCAGAGAUAGCUCCUGCAGUAAGUUUCAUAAUUAUGAUUGAGUUGAGUGCUUACCUUCUAAGAUCUUUUAACUGAUUCUCCCUUCUAAUAGCCAUACAUUUCCUUGUAAAAAUGUUGAGAGAUUUUGUCAUCAUAUCAAAAUAACUCUAACUGAGAAUCAAUGUAUUCUAAUCUUGUGUUUGCUAGAUGAUGUUUUGGUGUUGAGGUCUAGUUUGCUUGGCUCUCUUGUCGCUGAUUAUUAGUGAGACACUGUUGAUUAUCAGAACUUGAUGAUGUUAAUGAGAAUUUAAUUGAUGUUGCAUUAUAUUUGCUUUCUUGAAGCAAAAUACAUUUUCUUAGUUGGUAAAUUAAACUGAGAUAUUAAAAAGUGUUUAUUUUGUUUCAGAAUAAACGUGGCCUGUUGGUAUCAAUCAAUGAGCUUGGUAUAUGUCUUGGUCUUUUGCUAGCUUACUUGGCCAAUGUGAUUUUCAUUGAUUUACCAUCUGGCUGGUGAGUCAUUUUCUGUGUAGUAACUAAGUUCCAAUGUGAGAAAUGGGCAAGGGGGAGCUCAAAUAAAGCUUUCCAACAUUUUGAGAAUGCAUAGCCUCAAGAAACAAACAAAGAAUAGGAAAAUUUUCAAAGGAAAUAUAUAUGAAAUGACCAGAUUAAUGUAUUGUCCAUUGGUUUGUCUUCAAGGCGCUACAUGUUUGGAUUGUCAGGAAUUCCAGCCUUUAUCCAAGGUAUAGGAAUGUUCUUUUUACCAUACAGUCCCAGAUGGCUGAUAGUAAAUGGACAGGAUGAAAAGGUACAAUUACAGUUACUUUAAUGGCUUAAUAUAUGUUAUCUGUAGGUUAUUUGUAUACUAGGAAAAUUACAAACUUCUGUCAACUCUUGAUGUUUGCUUUAGCUAAGUUUAAUAAGAAACUAAUGAGUGAUUUCUUUCAGCAAAAUAGAGCCAAAAUUACCAACCUUUAGUCUGUAUGUGAUUGUUCAUGGUGAACAACCUGCUCCUUUUCUAUUUCUCAGGCUUGUAGAAUGAUUCAGAAGCUUCAAUGGUCAGGUGACCCACAUGAAGAGUUUACAAGGAUCAAGUCUGGGCUCAAAGUGGAAUAUGUAUGUACUUAUGAUUAUGCCACUAGAAGUACAUCUCUGCAACACCUGAACCCUAGCCCCUUCAGAACAAAUAUAAGGAAAUUCUUUCCAACAAUUAUAGGGUGCUACUAUUGGAAUGAUAUUCCUAUAUCUAUGCAGGAGAAGCCCAUUAAAGAACUUUUUCCCUUUCUCAGUACUGAUUAAUGUCUUCCUCUGACCAUGUUUUAUUUACAUAUUUGUUGUUUAAGGUGUGAUUCUUAUUCCCUCUCUUGUAUUUGAAUCUUAUAUCUCAUAUCUUAUUGUACCGCUUCUUUUUAUUGUAUGAAAAAAUGUAAUAAUAUUUAAGGUAAAGGGCAUCUAAUUAGCUUGCCAUAUUAUGCCCUUCUCCAUCCUCUUAUCUUACUUGUAAUUAUUCACUAGACUCUAAUCUGUUGAAAUGGAGGAAAAAAUAAAUACCAAAAUACCAAAUAUGUAUUUACUUGAGGUGACUUACAGCUGUACAGAGGAUUGAAGGUUAUAUGGGUUAUUGCCCAUUACAUUUAAGGACAAAUUAUAGAUACAAAUGAAUAUCUUGCAUUAAAACGCGCUGAAAGGUGAUUGUCCAUGUAGGUUUGAAUGUCUUAUUUGAAACUUUCUGGGAGAGUGUGACAUGCUAAUCUAAAUCUUUCCAUGGCUGUAGCUGAAGAGAGAUGGUUGAGGUGGGUGGGAGGGUACUUCAUUGAGGGAAGAAUUUCUUACCAUAAGCAAAUAAUCAUGUAUGUUUCAAAUGCUCAAAUGAUGAUGAUGCCAGGUGCUAAUGAGAGACCUUCUGACCUUAAAAUUCUGUACACAUGUUCAUUCCUGCUGCUAGCAGAUUUAGGCGCAAUUUUUCAUUUCAUUCGUCAUUCAGUUCAAGUUUUUGUGCUGCACUGUUGCCCCUCAGUUCAAUUAUUCUCAGUUAGACACUUUGCAAGCAGCACCCCUUCAAAUAUUUGUUGAAGUGUUUGUUAAUAUGUUGUUCACAGCGCUACAAGUUCACAGACCUGUUAAGCAGUAUGGAAAACAUGAGAAGCAGGAUGCUUGUUGGUGGUGGAAUUGUGUUUUUUCAACAGGUAUGGACACUGAGCAUUGUGAUUAACAAUCAUUUAACUGUUUUUUGCCUUCUCUUUUAUCCUGUGAAUUCAGAAGAUGUGUUCCAUACAGCUAUUUUUCUCUCCUAGCUGCUUUACAUUCCCUUGUAAAUCAAUUGAGAGUAUCUGUUCAGUCAGUUGUAAGUAGUUGGCCCUACCCCACUAGCGGAUGAUUUUGUCUGUUCUGUAUGUGUGGAUGAUGAAUUGAUUAUGAAAGGAGAAAUUAAUUGUUGAUUACUUGAGAACUGCAGGGUUUAAAGAUUAAUAUCAAAUUAGUUUUGCCAAUAGUCUAGGAAACUCCAUAAAGACUUCUAUCAGUAUGAAUUGUGCCAUCUUUGGGGUAUUGAAAAUUUGAAUUUUCAGGAAUAUACCUUCACCCAAGCCUUAAUAAGAAAAUAGGGAUCAGAAUUAUAUGAAACUAACACUACGUUUUAGUUUUUUGUAAAUAAUGCUCGUUAUGAUCUUGUUGGUGUUCAAACUGCAGUCAAUAAAUUGGCAGAUUUAAUAGGUAUUGAGAUAAUCUGCAGAGCUCUGAAAAGCAGAUCCACUAUUGUAGGGGAGCGUAAAAUAUGAGUAGUUCUGUGUAUAGUUUUGUGGAAGAAGAUUUAGACCUGUUAGCCUGAAUCUGCUCAAGGGAAUAUUUGAAGGGGAAGGUUAACAAUAAUAUUUUAAGAAAGCUUCAUGGGUGAUUGUGGGCUUCAUAGUUCACAGGUCAGCCAACUGUGGUGUAUUACGCAUCAACAAUCUUCCAAGCGCUCGGCUUUCAAAGUGGUGAGAAGGCAACGUUAGCAAGUUUAGGCAUCGGAAUAGCAAAGGUGAGUUCUAAGCGUAUAGAAUACCGCGCCUGUUUCUCAGCUCAAGUUGCUUUUUAGCUAAGAUAAGUAUUUUCAUUCCUUGUCUUUUCUUGUUUCAGCUUGUUGCUACUAUAAUAUCUCUCAGUACUGUGGACAAAGGUGGUAAGGAUUGCCUUUCCCCGUUCAAGUUACACCUUGAGUGAAACUUUCAAUUUAUAGUUGGAAGUAAUCAGGGAUUGUCUUGAUUUUGUGCCCUUCUUUCUCUGAUUGAUCUUGGAAACUUAUAGCAACUCCUCAAAAAAUUAGGUGCAAAAUUUAAAGUAAUCGUGACUCAGUCACCUCACUUUUAUUGCCCUCAAGGUUGGUGGUAUGUUCUCACAAAAAAUGUACUUUAAGUUUUAUUCAGCCACUUGUGAUGAUUAUCUGUGUUCUGACUGGCCAUUGCGGGUAACUUAGCGGUAGUUCUGCGAGUUCUUAAUUUUCUUUUUCCGCUGAAGGAACAUUUUAUAUCAUUUGCAGGUCGUCGUCGUUUUCUUCUCAUAGGUGUAUCAGUGAUGGCUGUUAGCAUACUCACGUUAGGGAUCAUUUCACAUUACUCACCACUGGGUCUGCAUCCAACCAGGAAAUGCCACUUUGUUACGCAGACAAGGAACUUUACUGAACCAGCAUCGAACCAAACACACAUGGCAAACAAAGGAUUGCGGUAUUUGACCCUCAGUGCUCUGGUACUCUUUGUUGGUGCCUACUCAUUCAGUUUUGGACCAGGUUUGUUUAAAUAGUGAGAAAAGCGUUUGAUUAUAGUUGUUUAGAACAAGGAGUUUCGUCUGACAUUUGAAUUGUUGCGUGGAGUUGAAUGUAGGAAUGUUCAGUUUACAGUCCCUAUCUUGCCUCUUGCAACACUGCACGCCGGUCGAGUGCGCUAAUUUUCUCAAAUUACACGCGCUUGGCACGCAAAUUGCUUGUGUGAAACACGCAAAUGCGCAAAGUGUUCUGCAUUUGUGUAGAAUGCGUGUACAUCAUACGCAAGUAGUCAGCUGUAACUCAUGACGAAUAUAUAGUAAGACAGACAGAUAGACUUUCGUCUUUAAAUUGUUGCUAUAUUGUUUCGGAUCAAAAUUGAAAUUGAUUGUUUUGCCCUUAAACUAAGCAACGACCCAACAACUGUUAUAUAUACAUAAAGGCAGUUUUCAAAACAAACCGAGAACGUGAUGACCUUUUUUGUCGAUUUUCUAUCUGAUGGUAAAGGAAAUGUUAUUUUUUUGAUGAGGAUAGAAAAAGGAUCUGUUUAGAGAAAUCUGUUAAGUAGGGGACCGAAAUCUGCCUUAGUCUUAGUUCGACAUGUAGACGAAGGUUUUUGCCCGGAGAAUACGGUAACGAUUUUCUAUUCGGAAGACUAUUUUUCAAAUACAUGUCUUGACAGCUACUCAAAUUCUAGGUGUAUAGGUUACUUUUUUUACGUAGCGUCAGCGGCCGAUUCGAACCUUUGUGGAAGCAAAUCGCUUAAGAAUCCUAAAUGGGUUGUAUUUUUAUGAUCGAACCAAAUUCAUUGAAUCCCUCAAGAAUAUAUGUGGUGCCUUAUCAGGCAGCAAUAAUGGCCAGAGAACCUUGGUGACUGAUGCGAAUGGUAAAUACAGGAGAAGUGAAAGAUUAGAAAGAAUUAUCGUAGAAGAAAAGAUAAAUAGGAGAAGAAGAAAAGAAAGACAUAGUAGGCAGCAACGGGAAGGGAACAUAUAUGACGCUUUCAACAACAACAGUUAGAGAGACAGAGAAAGUUGGUAAGAGAUGUAGAGAUUAAGUUGAUGUGAUGCAAUGAACACUAUUCAAACGUCAUUCUUACUCUUGGUUUUUAAAUGUUUAAUCCAUUUGCAAGACAAUAGUGAGUUAGGGGAACAAAACAUGAAGAAUUUCCAUGUGUCGACCUUUUCAUUACGUCACAUAAGGCCAGGAGCUAGAAACACUAACAUCCCUUUUUUUCAUCAACAGUGUCUUGGUUGGUGUUAAGUGAAAUUUUUCCAGCUGGUAUUAAAGGCAGAGCUUUUUCCAUCACUACUGUAAUCAACUGGGGCACAAAUCUGUUUGUUUCUCUCACAUUUCUUGACAUGCUAAGUAAGUAAAAUAUUCGUUAUAUAAAUACUUUCCUAUCCAGUCUACUUGUAUUGUAUCUGCAACAGCCUGGUUGGCCUGAAGUAUCUUUGGUUUUUCCUCACUAAGUUCUGUGAUCAAUCUAGGAAACUGGUGGCUCUCUCUUGGCUAGUCGAUGCAAAACUUAACUUUCUCACGACUUGAUCACUCAGGUUUUUCCGAGCACCAGGCACUGAGUUUGCUUGUUUUUACGUUGAAAUACCUUUGGCUCCGCAUGGAAUUUGUCUCGUUUCUCAUUGGCUAAUAUGAUUACUUUCAUUUUGAUUUCAGUAGCACUCAGCGUUCGAACAUUGUACAGUAUACUAUUGCUUAGGGUUAGAUCCGAACGAGUACUGAAAUGAACUUACAGAAAAAUCAAGUUCUUUUUUUUUUUUCUCAGGUGGCAUUGGAACGUCUUCAACCUUUAUUUUCUAUGCAGUUGUAUGCAUUCUAGCUCUACUAUUUGUUUAUAAAUAUGUCCCGGAAACGAAAGGCAGAACUUUGGAACAAAUAUCCGCAGAGUUGAAUGCAAGGUAACCAAUGGUGCUGCAUAUAGUUUUAUGAAUACACUAUAAUUCUCAACUCUUCAGAUCCCAAGAAAAUGAACAACCCGUUUUACAGAGUGACGAAGCACCGUACUCCAUUUGCUCCGACGAAGGGCUAACACUCGAAAAGUUGCUCUAGAUACUCUUUACAAAGGCAAAUUUGCGUCAUCAACACACUUGAUAGAACCAAAUUAUCUUACUAUUGACUAAAGUUUGUCAAGAAGCACAUCUGGUUUUGGAGAUAACUUGAUAAGAAAACUUAAACUUGCCAUGGGAACUAGUAAAGUGUUUAAAGGACGUUCAGCUCCUGCAAGUUUACCUCGACAGUUGUCUUUUACAACUUUCUUGACCAACUAUAUAUAGAAAGCUAAAAACGUUUCCUCAAUAGGUGCACCUGCUCAGUACAACUUGUCUUUCUAAUGCAGUUGAAAUGAAUAGUCUCCAAUAAAAUAUUUAUCUAUUUUCUCAGAAAACCACGAGAGAUCCUGCCAAAGAAACUGACCUGUUGUAAGGGCAGAGGAAGACGAAGGUUAAGAGAGCUGGGGACAAGACCUUCGCCUACUGGGUCUGCCACUGAUAUGUUACUGGAGAAUUCUUGCUGAAAUUUGAGCCGUUUGGAUAAUUGCAGUAAUUGACAUGUGCAAGACAGUUCAAGGUCGUCUGAUCGUCAAUCUGAAAGUCUUUGCAGCCAUCGAUUGGUUACGCCACUUUAACGCUCGUGGAUACGAUGACUCUCUCAGAAGAGAAGGAGAAAGAAUCGAAGGAAGAACUAUUCGAAACUGCUGAUAAAGAAAUUGCGAAAAAGCGAAGGAGUCGAUCAGACUGAACUCUUAAAGUAUAGCCAUUUUCAGCGGAACACCUCAAAUGUUCAAUUCCUGACAGAUUUAGCUAGAAUAGCAAUGAUGUGUUCGGUUUGUUGGGUUGUGAAUCACGUUUUAUAUUUUUUUUGCACCGGUGUAAAUAGCAAACGUUGAAAUUGAGCUUCUCAAGAUAAUAGGGAAGCUACUUGAAAUUACCUUUUCUAUGUAAGAAAUCAGAUAUGAUUGCCUCAUCGCCGGAAAUUUUUGCGAAAAAUAUAAAUUAUUUCGGAAGCAGG